AUCGAUUUUACGAACAAAAUACAACAUAACACCUAUCCAUCUUUACCUAAUUAUAUAUAUAUGUAAAACAAAAUUGAGAUAGAGAUGGAUAGCUGUGGUCUGGACACGUCUCCAUAAAAAAGUAAAUCAUAGUAAUAACUCGACCCCGUAACUUACGACGCAGGAGGAAAUAUUUACACGUGUCGUACACAAACACCGCACGCAGAUAACUACACAAUUAUGAAAAUAUUAAUGCUAUGCUGCGCUGUCCGCAAAAAACCGAGAAUACGUCAAUUAUUCAGUGUUCACUGCUCAUCAUUAUUGUUCUCCCUUAUCGCCGUAGUAUGGUCGUCUUCGUCUUAUCAACGAUUCAACUCCAACAUCUAUCACUACCGUCGUCCAUAGAUCAUAACUGAUAUCGUGUCGUUCUUGAUUUGGUGUUCUGCCUCCGAGUAUCGAGUGUUUGAUGUAAAAAGUGGUAAUCGUCGACACUUGACAGUACGUUCGGCUGUACAUGUUUGGAUCAUCACAUCGGGUACGGAAAUGUCUCGGCGGUUACUUAAAAUAAAAUGUAAGUCAAUUCUGCAGCUGCCCGUCUUAAUGUAACGCCCGUUUUGAAAAGAAGUCGGAUGGUUAUUAAAUUACCUAAGGCUCUAUUACUAUUCCCUACCUACCUACUUAACUAUCCGUGUUUUUUCCUAUCGAUUCUAUUUAUUUUUGGCCGAUUGUAAGGUGUGGAUUUCCCGGACAUGGAAUCUUCUUGAAAGCUUACCGUAUCUGUGCGAUUUAUAUUUUCUCUUUUUCCAAGGGCUCUCUGUUGUUCAACUCAAUUACAUCUUGUCAGUUGUAUGUAUCCAUACGGAAUCAAUAAAUAAUAAAUAUAUUUAUUGUUCAUCAUUCACAUUUGAUAUUUAAAAUUUUCACUUUUUUUUCAAUAUUAGCCAUCGAGUAUUUAUAACGUUAUAAUAUAUAAAUUAUUAUUGUGAUUUGUAAUGUAAAUACCUAUUGUUUGUUCUUGCAUUUUUUAUAUAUACUCUGCAAUAAAUAAUAAUAUUUAUUAAAUCUUAAUCUAAAAUUAAAUACUAAUUUAAAUAAAAAUAAACUGUGUUCUUAUAAUUCACAUGCAAUCAUAUGACAUAUGUUUUUUUCUACUCCUUCCUUCAUCCCAAUUAUUUGGAGUCGGCCACCCACAUUUUAACCUUCCACUUGACUAGAUCUCUCACCUAGCUUACACCAACUGUCUUUGUAUCAUUCUUAAUCGCAUCCAACUAUUUUUUUUUUUGGUCUUCCACCUAACCUAACCUUUUAUUUUUAUUACAAUUCUUACUACUUCAGAUUUCUCUCUUUGUAAGACAUGCCCAAACCAAUACCUAUCAGUUUAUUUUCUCAUUUUGUCUAUUAUUGAAGCUACCUCUUGUGUACUCAUCCCUUAUCAUAUUUUUUAUCAUCAUUCCACUCAUCCACCUAAGUCUUCAAUGUAUUUUCAUGUCUGUUACCCUCAUUCUUUGUUCUAUUUUUCUGCCUACAGCCCAACCCUCUGAACCAUAUAAUAUAGUCACAACUUUAUGUCUAAUUGGAAUUCUCUUGUCACAUAAAACACAAAACUUCCUCUUUAUCCAAUCACACAUAAUCCUAUAUUUCACAUACUCAUGAAAGCCAUUAUUCUUUUAUACAAAAAAUCCUUGAUACUUAAAAAUCUCAACUUGUUUAUUGUAAUUAUCUGUCUUUGUUCUGUUCCUUCAAACUCAUAAUUUGUUUUAUUUCUACUUAUCCUUAGUCCAUUUGUUUCAAGACCUACUCUCCAUUCUUCAAGCCUAUUAUUAGCUUAUUCCAGAUUUUCUCCUAUCAAAGUUAUAUCAUCUGCAAAACAUUAUAUACCAUGAUACUUCCCAUCUCACCUGUUGUCCCUGUGCACAACCAAGUUGGGAUAAUCCACCAAAGACUUGUUUAGAACUUAUACUGUUUGGUAGAAUUUUAUACUGGCUGUCGACUUGACGCAACCCCACUUGUCACUUUUUAUGACAGGAAUACGUACCAUAGGGGUAUUCUAAUCCCCUUUGACAGGGAUAAUGACAUAUUAUAGUUAUACACCUAUAAUUUUAUUUUAGGAAAUUAAAUAUUUUGAUUUUAGUUUAUUUUUAUCUAUUUGUGUGCUAAAUAUAAUUAUAAAUUAUAAUUUUAAUAAACAGAUCUUUAAUUAAAUGUAUAUCAAUAAUCUGCCAAAGUUUAUACAAUAAAAAUAGAAAAUAAAUUUUAAUCAAAAAUUUAAUCUUAGAAAUUCAAAAUAUUAGAGAUUUUUUCCAAUAUUUAAUAAAUUGUAAUUUUUUUAAAUUUUUAAGUAAAUAUAUUUGUAUUAAAAUUUAAUUUAAGUAAAUAAAAUCAUGUGAUAUUUUUUUUUGUUUAGACCUAUCACUUUAUCUGUUAAUUUGUUGUUGAUUAAUUAAUAUUAUAGUACAGGUAUUGUGUAAUACAAUGUAAACAUGAAUUAUGUGGGUACUAGGUAGGCAGUACAGUAGAAGAUAUAAUUUGUUUAAUCAUCAAUAGUGUAUACUUGAUUUAUGACAACAUUUUUUUAUUUAUUACAACAUCCUGUUAAAUCUAAAUCUAAAAAAUACAAAUGUAGUCAUCGUUGCUAAUACUGCUAAUCAAUGAGGAGUGUAUACUAUUCAAAUUAAUUGAAUAUAAAAUUGGAAGAUUAUUUAUUUCGCAACAUGUUAUAAUAAUAGUUAUAGUGUACCCAGGUAUAAUAAUUGUGAUUUUACUUUCUUGAAACAGUUUAAACUGUAAAAAUGAUCAAAUUUUCUAAACUCGUUUUGGGUAUGUAUGCUGGUGUAAUAUGCACUUAUCGAAUCUAGAAAUAUAAUUAUUGAGUGUAGUUAUUAGUUAAAAAUUAAUUAUUUAUUGUGAUACAUUUUAUAUUAUUUUAAUUAAUUUAUUUAAAUAAUUUAUGAAAAAUAAUCUAUGUGUUAUCUUUAAAUCCAGAAAAAUGUUUCUCCACAAACAUGGAAAACUUACCACUGACGAGCAAUGUUCGAAACGAUCUCCCUAUAAAGCCAUCUACAUCUUAUCAGGCUGUUAAACAGGUAUAAAAUUAAAAAAAUGUUUUUAUACCUUGUGGAAAGUGAAUGUCAAGUUAAAAGUAGUGUUGUUAUAUUCAUAAUAUUGUGUUACGUAUGUCUUUUAAUAUUUAAAUAUUAGUGUGAACUAAUUUUCUUAGAUAUUUUUUUUUAAUAAUUAAAUUUGCGAUAUGCUAUCUUUACUUACUGUAUUAGUGUAUCAAAAUUCUAGAACAUGAGGUUACUUAUUUAAGUUGUUUGUAAUUGUUUACAUUCAUUACCUAUUUAUCUAUAUUUAUUAUUUUUUAGUAGAUUCUACAUAUCAAAUAUUUUUAAGGGGCGUUACUGAUGAAUGUUAUCAAACUGAAUUAUGGUUCAGUUUAUUAACUACAUAUACAUAUAUUUUUAUAAUCGAAAAUUCCUAUAACAUAGAACAUUUUGUUUUAUUUUCAAACCAUGAACUACUUAAUGUAUAGUAGGAAUCUAUCUAACAUAUGCUUAUAACUAAUGACAUUUAAAUUAUAUACCUUGAUUAAAAUUUAAAAUUAUUAAUUUUAUUUGAUUGAAAUUUGUUUUAUUAUAAUAUAAUUAUUUUUGUUUUUUUAUAAACUUUUUAAACUAAAAUAAAGUAUCACUAUAAAUAUUGAAUGUUUUUAAUAAUGUUCUCUUUAAAAUAAGUUAUUUUUAACUAAUUGUUUAGGUACUGUCACUGUAUGCUAUCUAAACAAACUGUCUAGUUGCCAUUUGCUAUCUACAUGAAAAUUCUUUAUAAGUAAUUAACAUUUUUCAAUUUUUUUUUUUGUUAAAAAAUAACAAUUAUUAUUUCUUAAAAGUAUUACCUGUGGAAUCACAUUUAUGAUUGUUAUGAAAAUAUUCUUUUAGAUUACUGUCACAUACUUAAUCAUUAGAAUUAAUUUGAAUGUAAUAAUGUUGGUUUCGUAACACACCACUUUGAUUUAAAAAAAUUCACAUAUGUUUUGUAAUUAUAAAUAAUAUACCUAAAUAAAUCACCAAAAGAAUUAAUUUAAAAAAAAAAUCACAAAAACUAACCAUGACACUAUACAAGUUGAAAUACAACUGAUCUAAUAAUUUAAAAUAUUUCAUUAGUAGAUAUCAAAUUGCCCUGAUAAUAAUGCAAAGAUUAAUUAAAUUUCUUAGGUAUAUAGCAUACAGCCUUAUUUACCCGUUGCUUACGGCCUAUUUUUUGAUUAUGAACGAAUAGAGUUAAUUUUUAACUUAAUUUAUUAAAUACUAUUAAAAGCCAUUUUUGCCAACACAACUGUUGAAUUUUAAACAGAGUUUAUAAGAUAACUGAUCAAUUGAGAUCAAUUAUCGACUAUAAAUUCUAUUUAGAAUUCAGUUAAAUGGUUUUGUUUAUAUUGUUUAAAGUGGCCCCAAAUUAAGUCCUUUAAAUGUUAAUAUUAUAUUUACCUGUACAGAAUAUGUCUUAUGUAAUUAAAUUAUUUUGUUUUCUUAAAACUUAUGUAUCAUUUUAUUAAUACAAAUACAUGCAUAUUUUCUAUCUAUUAUAAUACCUAUUGUUAAAUUAGAUUAUUAUUUGCAAAUUUUAGUUUUAAGAGUGUAUAUAAUAAUAUAAUAAUUUAUUAUUAUGUCCAUAUGUCCAAUGUCCAUAUAACUAUAUUAGUUUAUUCUACUUAGAAUGUUUAUUUUUUGGAAUUAUUUAUGCGCAAAUAAUAAUAAUAGUAGCUUUGAACAUUUUUAGGUGGUGGCUUAUAGCGAGUAGUUAGUUGAAUACCUAUUCAUAUUUCCAAAAUUGUUAUAAUAUGACAGUGAGUGUCUGUAUAAAUUAUUUAAAAUAUAUUUUGUAUAUUAUUCAGAAUAAUUACAAAUAAAUAAAGUGACAAUUAAUUUUUUUUUUUAUUAGGUAAAAAAACUUACUGAAAGAAAUACAGGAAUAAGCUCAGAUGAUGAUAAUAUGAUAGAUAUUACAACAUCAGGAACAAUGACUGAACGUACAUUAAAUCAGCGAUCUCCAAUACAUUUACCGGGUAAUUUAAUAUAUUAAAUGUACUUUAAAUAAAUUAUACUGUGUAUAAUAAUAAUUAAAAUAAAAUAUUCUUCUUCUCCUUUGUCUUCAUCCCAACUAUUUAGGAUUCGGUCACCCUCGUUCUGAAUUUCCACCUGACCCAAUAUCUCACCUAGCAUACACCAGUUAUCCAUAUAUUAUUUUUAAUUGCAUCAAACCCCAUCUUUUUCAAUCUUACUCUCACCUCAUUUCUCUGAUGUUUAUUUUUAUUACAAAUCUUACUGCUUCAAAUUCCUCUCUUCAUAAGACACGUCUAAACCAAUCUCAGUUUAUUUUCUCUCAUUUUGUCUAUUAUUGAAGCUAAAGCGUGUUUUUUUAAUUAAUUAUGUAUUUGUUUGUAAAAAUUUUCAAAAUGGUCUCAAACCUAUUUAUUAUAAUAAAAUAAAAUAAAGCCUAGUUUCACCACAUUUUUGUAGAACUUACAUUUCAUUAAAAUUCUCUUGUAAUUAAAAUAUUAAAUAUAAUAAUUAUUAGUUAUUAUGAAGAAUUAGUUGACAAUAAUGUGGAUAUUGAUUUAUCAAUGUUGAAUAAUGGCAUAAUAUUUAAAACCCUAAAUUUAGAUUAUGAGUUGUAUAAACGAUAGGCUUAGGUUUAAAAAUUACACACAUUAAAUGCAUAUUAUAAAUGUAUUUACAUGUUAUCUAAAAUAAUUUAUAUUAAACUGUCUUAAAAAAUUGUAUAUAAAAAGCUCCCUUGAGUGGUUUUAAUACAAAUGUAUUUUAACUGUUAUUAAUUGGAGUAUCCAAUGUUUUAAUAAAGUAUAUUUAAUAUUGAAUCAAAUAUAAGUAUGUAUGUAUAUGUAUACAACACUGCAAUUAUUAUGUAUACACAAAUCUAUGGCAUGCAGAGAUCAUAUAAUUUUGAUUAUUAUACCUAGGAUCCAAGGUUCAACAAUACCUCAGUCAGAUUUUUAAAUUUAAAUUUCUAAAUGGCUAUAGGUACUUUAAUUGAAUUUUCAGGCCUUUAGGAGAAUUUAUUUAUUUUUUAAUGAUUUCAUGUGUUCUUCAAUUACUCAGAUAAAAUUAAAAAAAUUUAAUGGCUAUCACAAGUAAUAUUGUGGCAUGGCCUGCUGGUACCUAUAUAUUAUGUUACUAGCCAAAUCUGAUUUCAGAAUAAACUAGUUUAUUCUUUUCAUCAGAUUUGUUUAGUCUUUAAAAUACUGAUAUAAGUUAUAAUCUACUGUUACAGAACACUUGAUUCAUACCUCUGAAGGGGCUUUUUUUUAAAACGCCUGAAAACAUUUUUCCAAUUAUUUUUAAAGCGUUACUUUUUUAACUUUUAGAUGCAAAAAAAAAAUCCUGAAAGGCAUGGUGUAGAUUUAAUGUUCUGUAUUGGCUGACUUUAUAUUAUAUAAGUAUAUAUGUAUAUUGGUGUUUUGAAGGUUAAAUACAACACAGCUAAAUUAGUUUAUUCUGAAAUCCCAUUUGACCAGUAACAUAUGUGUAAAAAAAAAAUCUUAUGCUAAAUUCUAAUUUAAAAUGUUAUUAUCUUUUAUAUUUUUGAGAUAACUUUAGUGAAUAGUUUAUUUUGAUUAAGUUAAGAUUUAAGUUUCUAAUUCAAUUUAUUUAAACCAGUUACAGAUGAAAAUAGUUCAAAAAAAAAAAAAAAUGUAAAAUUGUCCAGAAUUAGUAAAAUUUUAUGUAUACAAUAUACAGAGGGAUUUUUAUCACAAACCAGCCAUUUUAUUAGUAAAUUGUUUUUAACUAAAUAUUUAGUUAUCAUAAUUACAUUAUUUCAAAAUAAAAGUUUUUAAUAUUUUCUAACUCAAUGAUUUUUAGUCUUUAAAUAGGUAACUCAAAAUGGGCCAAAAUGUAUUGGAAAUAAACCAAUAUCUAGAAAAUGAUAAUAUAAGUAUCCGGUAAAAAUGUUAGCUAUCUACGUAUAUUUCUUAUUACUUUUUUCUCCUAUACAUAUUUGUACUUUUCUAAUUUAUUAGGAAAGUUCAAAAAUAACAUUGCAAAAACCAGAAUUAAUUUUUAUAAAAAAGCUUCUAUGAAGUUGUUGAUUGGAGCCAGUUUUAUAGUUGAAAACUUCAGACAGAAUAUAAAUUUUUUUUUUAAAAAGCCUCUAAUCAAAAGCAAUAUCUUAAUAUAACAUACAUUUCUCGCUCUUUUAGAAUCUAAAAUUAUUAAUAACGGCAAUAGACUGAGGAAAUGGCUCGUUCAUAGUAUAAAGAUCAAUAUAUAAUUGAUUUUAUUUAAGUUAACUUAUUUUGUUACAUGUUAAAUAAUUAAUUUUUGAAGGUAUUGAUGUCAUAUUUGCGGGAACAUUAAAUUUUGGUGAGUGUCACAUAUUUUGUUGAGUAAUUUGUAAUAUUGCUCUUGUUGAUUAUUUUGUUUUAUAUUGAACUUGUAUUUUGUUUGCUUUAUAGAAACAUUAGUUUUCUUAUUUUAUUUUAUUAGAUUACUUUUUAAAAAUAAGAAAAAUAUUUAGGUUAAUAUAUUAUGUCUGGUACUACUUUUGAGUUUGAAAAUUAUAUAUUUGUAAUUAGUAUUAUCAAUUAUACAAAUCUAAAAGAAUUUUUUUUUUUUUCCAGUGUGAAAUGGAAUGAUUUAACUAGAAGCAGUAAAUUUUAAAUUUAGAUACAUAAUAGUUUAAAUUAUUAUAAUACACAAAUUAAUAACAAUAAAACAAUCAUUUACUAAAUUUUACAAUGCACUAUAUUUAUAUUCUAUCAUAAUAUCGAUAAAAUAGAACACCACAUAAACCUACAAAAAUAUAACAAUCAAAAGAAAAUUAACAGAUUUGAAAAAAAAAUAUGUAUAAUAUAUAUUCUAUAAAUGAACCAUGUUAAAAUUUUUAUAAAAUGAUCCGUUAAUGAACCAAUUAAUUUUAUUUAAAUAAAAAUUCUUUGUUGGUUUUGAGAAAAAUUAACUCAACAAUUUCUUAAGGUUUUCCUAGUUCACAUUGUAGCUCUAUCUCAUAUGAGUAUAUGACAUUAAUUGCUGGGCAGUUUUAAUGAUUGGGAUAAUAGAGAUUCAGUUUUAUUAUGCGUUAAUACAUAUCAAUAUUGGGGGUCUAUUUAUUAUUUUUAAAUUAAUAUACUUAAAUAAAAUUAUUUUCUAACAACAAAACAUAAUAUGUGAUUUUUUAAAAAUGUUUUUAAAUGUUUCCACUAUUUAUAUUAAAAUACGUUUGUGCAUAUAUAUAUUAUAUAGAUAUUAAAAUUCUAGUUUUAAAUGAAUUUCUGCUUAUGAAAAUGAUUUUUUAAGUUUAAUUACAUAAGUUCUUAUCACUUACCUAGAAUUAUAAUUAAAUAGCGGUCAGACCCAAUAUAAUUUGAAUGUGUACCUAAGGUGUGAAAUUAAUUUGGUGAUAUUAUCUGUUAGAAUUUUGAACUUUAAUAUAUAUUAUUACAUGUAUUAUAAUAUUUCAAAUGUGAUGUUCUUUGAACAAUUAUUAAACUAAACAUUCUUGCCUUAUAGAGUAUAAAACAAUACUUGAUUAAAAUGUAUUGUAACUGUAGUGAAAUAAUUUAGUUAUAUUUUGAUUAUCAUUACACAAUAUUUUCAAAAGGUAUCUAAAUUUUGAUUAUUUUAAUUAUAGAUAUUUUAGUUGUGGGCUUAAAUAUAAUAAUUUACUUUUUACAUAUUGUUUUUAGAUUAUGUACCUAUAUGUAUGGUAUUUGUUAAUAAAUUAAAAUACUUACAGGAACUAAUGAAGGUGAGGAUAUUCCUGGAAUUGGUCAAUAUGAAGAUUUUCAUACAAUUGAUUGGCAACGAGAUAUUGCAAGGGAUCGGAUGCGACAUAGAUAUAUACUGAAACGUAAACAAAAUUCAUUUAUUGAACUGGUAAUAUUUAUGGUUGUAAAUAAAUAGUUUAAUAAACAUUAAGUUAAAGUAUUACUCUAUUAAAAACUUAAAUUAUUUUGAAAUGUUAACAUGGUAAUAAUUUGAUUAGAUAAAAUCAGCUCAUGAUGCGUGGUCAGGUUGGCUCUGUGUAUUAUUGGUUGGCGUCGUGACUGGAACUGUUGCAGCAAUAAUUGAUAUUGGAACAUCAUGGAUGUCAGAUUUGAAAUUUGGAAUUUGUCCUCAAGCAUUUUGGUUGAACAUGGAACAAUGUUGUUGGUCAUCAAAUGAAACUUCAUUUGAAUUAGAUAAAGGAAAUUGUUCACAAGUAAAUAUUUUUAUUUAAUUUAUUUAAUGACUUACUCUAUUAAUAACCUAAUGAUCUAUUUAUAUUUGAAUUGUAAUUUAAAUAUAAAUAUAUAAAACAGUUUAGUUACAUAUUUAAUAAUUAGAAAUUGGAUUUAUAUGCUCUAAAAAUGUAUAAAAAAGUACAUCAAAAAAUCUAAAAAUUCUUGAAAAAUGCACUAAAAAAAUAUUUGAAAAAGUAAAAAUGAUAGAGGAGUUUAAGUCUCUCCACUAAUGGCUCUAAUUAUUAAAUUAAAUUUCCUAAAACUAUAAAAAUAAUUACUUUUUGGUUUUGUAGUGUCAAACUAUUUUAUUUAUAAGUUAAAUCUGGUAGAGGGGGGACUAUUAAACUCUUAUAUUAUUUUUGCUUUUUAAAUAUCUUUUUUAAGUAAUUUUUUUAAGAAUUUUUUGAAAUUAUUAAAUGUUUUUUGAGAAAUUUAAAAGCAUAUAAAUCUGGUAUUUUUAUGUAUAACAAUUGAAUAAUUUUUUUCUCGUUAAAUUUUUAAAUUUUUUAAAACUAAAUUUGUUUUUAAAAGAUCUUGUUUAUUUUAUAUAUUUCAGUGGUUUUAUUGGUCCGAAAUAUUGACUUCAUCAAAUACUGGCACUUUUGCAUACAUAAUAUCAUAUUUGUUUUACAUUAUUUGGGCAUUACUCUUUGCAGCCCUUGCUGCUGGAUUAGUCAAAAUGUUUGCUCCCUAUGCAUGUGGUUCUGGUAUUCCAGAAGUAAAGUUUAAUUUUUAUAUUUUUAAAUAUAACAUGAUCUAUAUUAGUUAAACCUUAUUAAUUUUACUUAAAUGAAAUUUUACAGAUAAAAACAAUUUUAAGUGGUUUUAUAAUUCGAGGAUACUUAGGAAAGUGGACUCUGUUAGUAAAAUCAGUAGGAAUUAUGAUGAGUGUUUCGGCUGGACUUAAUUUAGGUAAAGAAGGACCUAUGGUGCAUAUAGCUUCCUGCAUUGGUAUGUAAAAUAUUUGAGAAGCACUAAGAAUAUUUAAAUUGAUUAUUUAUAUUAUUUAUUAUAUAUUAUUUAUAUAUUUAUAUUUAUUUUUUUUUUCUAGGCAAUAUUUUAUCAUAUUUGUUUCCAAAGUAUGGUCGUAACGAAGCCAAGAAAAGGGAAAUUUUGUCAGCAGCAGCAGCAGCUGGAGUUUCUGUUGCUUUUGGAGCUCCUAUAGGUGGAGUUCUUUUUAGUUUGGAAGAAGUAUUUUAAUUUUCUAAUUAAUUAUUAUAAUUAUAAUUGAGCAUUAUUUAAUCAUAUAUCUUUCUAAAUUUUUAAGGUAAGCUAUUAUUUUCCAUUGAAAACUUUAUGGCGUUCAUUCUUUUGUGCUCUUGUUGCUGCAUUUGUGCUUAGUUCAAUCAAUCCAUUUGGAAAUGAACAUUCUGUUAUGUUCUAUGUAGAAUAUCAUCGACCAUGGAUGUUUUUUGAACUAGUACCAUUUAUUGGAUUAGGAGUUAUUGGAGUAAUUAAAUAUUAUUUGUUUAUAAUGGUGUACUGAUAUUUAUUAAGUAGUUAUUGUAUUCAGGGAGUUAUUGCAACAAUUUUUAUCAAAUGUAAUAUCAGUUGGUGUCGUUUUCGUAAAACUUCCAUUCUUGGACAAUAUCCAGUCAUAGAAGUAUUAAUGCUAACAGCUGUAACUGCAAUACUCUCAUACCCUAAUCCAUAUACACGUAUGGGAACUAGUCAAUUAAUUUACCUUCUAUUCAGCCAGUGCGAUGUGUCCAGUAAUGAUGGUUUAUGGUAACAGAAACGAUUAUUUAAUAUUGCAUUUUCAACUAUCAAAAAUUUAUUAAAAUGUUUAGUGAUUAUACUAAUGAAAAAGCAAAUAUAGCUGGACCUGGUGUAUACAAAGCUAUGUUACUUCUAUCAAUGGCAUUUAUGUUAAAACUUAUUCUUACAGUAUUUACAUUUGGUAUUAAGGUAAAUAAAAAACAAAAUAAUUAAUUAUCAUUUAGAAAUAGAUGAUUUGUAUGAUUUUUUAAAUUUACAGAUACCUUGUGGGCUGUUUAUUCCAAGUUUGGCCAUGGGUGGAAUAACUGGACGUAUUGUUGGUAUUUUUAUGCAACAACUUGCUGCUAAUUAUCCUCAUUUAUGGGUUUUUGACAAUGGCUGUGGAUUACCAGGCCAAGAAGAUUGUAUUACGCCGGGUUUAUAUGCAAUGGUAGGCGCUGCUGCUGUUUUGGGGGGAGUAACACGAAUGACUGGUAAAAAUAUUUAUACUAAAUAUCAGAAUUUGAAUGAACAAUUUAAAAUAAACAGAUUGUACCUUUUUUAGUUUCACUGGUAGUUAUUAUGUUUGAAUUAACUGGUGGUGUAAGAUACAUCGUUCCAUUGAUGGCUGCUGUCAUGGCUAGCAAGUGGGUUGGUGAUGCACUGGGCAAGCAAGGCAUGUAUGAUGCUCAUAUUCAAUUAAAUGGUUACCCGUUUUUGGAUAGCAAAGAGGAUAUUGUUCAUACUGCAUUAGCGGCUGAUGUAAUGCAACCUCGGUUAGUAUCUGUAAUUGAUAAAAUAAUUAAAAAAAUACAGUUGAUGAUAUUAAUAAUAUAAGUAUAAUAUAUAUUUCAAUGUAGUCGGUCUGAGAAUUUGAAUGUUCUCACACAGUCUUCAAUGUCACUAGAAGAUAUUGAAAUGUUAUUAAAAGACACUGAACAUAAUGGGUUCCCAGUUGUGGUGUCCCGUGAAUCUCAAUAUCUUGUUGGAUAUGUGUUACGUAGGGAUUUGUUAUUAGCAAUAGGUAAGAUAAACUUAACUUCAUACAUGCCUAUUACAUUUACAUUUUAUAUAAUGUGCGAAUAAUUUCAGAAAAUGCCAAAAGAACUAUUGAUGGACUUUUACCUGAAUCUUUAGUUCUGUUUACUGAAGUAACACAACAAGUGGUACCACCACCUUUGAAGGUGAAAAAAAUUCUUGAUUUGGCACCUAUUACAAUUACUGAUCAAACGCCUAUGGAAACUGUAGUUGAUAUGUUCAGAAAAUUGGGUCUUCGACAGACAUUGGUUACACACAAUGGGUUUGUUACAUCGCUAUAUUCUUUUUCCACAGCAUAUUGUAAAAUAUAAUUUUUACUGUUUUGUAGGAGACUUUUAGGAGUGAUAACAAAGAAAGAUAUUUUACGUUACAUUAAACAAGUGGAUAAUGAAGAUCCUAGCUCUGUACUAUUCAAUUAAGUGGUCCUUGAUUAACCAAAUAUCUGUUUGGAUUUUGUAUUUAUUAAUUAGCUCAAUUUUACCACAUUUCUAUUAUUUUUAUUAUAUUUUUAAUGUUUUAUUUUAGACAUUUACAAAUAAAAAAUUAUAUCAUAAUUAUUAGUAAUGUAAUACUCGUAAAAAUAUUGAAAAGUACUCAUUGUUAAAUCAAACAUAAAAUAAUAUCUUAAGCUAUCUAGUUAAAUAUGUAUUUCUUAAACUACAUUUCUAAUCCUGGAAUUUGCUAUUAAUUGUAUUUGGUAAAAAUCCAAAACCUAAAUAAAAAUUAUAUUUUUCAUUACAUAUUAGCUAUUUAAAUUAUCAUUAACUCAAGUUUGUUGGAUAAAAUCUUUUGAUUUUGUUAUAAAUUAUCCAGUUCUGUCAACCUGUACAUUUUUUAAAAGUAUUCUAUUUUUAUAUUGUGGCCAAAUAUAUUUACAUAGGUUAUAGCCAGGUUUGGGACUUAUAUUAUUUGCAUACUUUUAUUAUUUAUUAUAAAAUGUACCAAUGUAUGAAUAAGUUAAUUUCUUAUUAAAAAUCUACAACGAAAUAAUAUCAAAUUUAAAAUUUGAAUGUGUGUAUUUUUGCAUAUUUCCUAGAUUUUUCAUUACAGUUCUUAUUUUUUCACUUUUGUGCUUUUUAAACCAAAACUACAAAUUUACAAAUGUCAACCAAUCAAUGAAAUUAGAGUUGCUUAAUUUCUCCUAAAGUACCCAAUAAACCUCUCAAUAAAUAUAUAUUAAUGCAAAUUUUAUUUUUUAGUUAUUUACAAUUACCAUACAAUUUUUGUGUGGACUUAAAUAACUUGUUUUAAGAAAAUAUAGUGAAAGAUAGUGAUAUAGUUUGAGCGGUUUGCAGCCGAUAAUAGUUAUAUUAUAAUAACUAAGUCUAUUUGUUCAGUCAAUUUUAUAUGAGCCUACUUCAUAAAUAUUUUAAAAGCAUAUAUUUUUAUUUGUUAUGCUUAUACAAUUUUUAAGUGCAUAUAUUAGCACUUAUUAUUACGUUUUAAAGUGUCCCAAACCAUAGUUAUAGCAAAUGUAAUUUUAUUUCUAAAUGUUGAUCUUGUAUUCUUAUCACUUGAACCUUUUGUGAAAAAAGCUAUAAAUAGCAUUACAUUAUUUUUUAUUAAUAGGACAUUACAUCAGUAAACUUUUAUUUUUGGUGGUUAGUUCUUACACAUAUAAUAUAUCAAAAAUAUAUUCUCAUAAAUCAAUAAUUUUAUUAAUUACUGUUAAUUAAGAAACAUAUAUGAUUUAAGGACUUGAAAAUAAAAUAAUUGUCUGGAGUAUUUAUAUUGUUAUAGUUUGAUAUUAAUACUAUGCAUAACAUUUGGUCAUUUUAUAUAAUUUCUAACCUUUCAAUAAGUAAAAACUAUUAAAUAUUAAUGAGAGAUUUUGGUUUAUUUAAUGUUAUAAAUAAAAUUUAUUAAACUAACUAUAAAUUAUGUAUUGAAAGUUAACAAAUAUUGGUGUAAUAUCCUAUUAUAUUAAUUUCAUGUAGUGAUGACAAUUAAAACAAUGACAACAAAUACAAUUUUUAAAUAUUAUUGAAUAUAGUUCUAGUAAUAUAAGUUUUAGUAUAGAGUAAUUUUGAAGAUCAGCAUUUAUCUGUAAAAUAAUUAUAAUAAUAAUAUUAUAUAUAUAUAUAUAUAUAUAAUAAUUCAAUUCAAUUAUAAUUUAAUUUUAAAACAAUUUUAUUUGUGUUAUAAAUGUAUUAUGAGAAGUUUUAGUUUUUUUUCUGUUAUUUAAUUAUAAUUAUACAUUUUUUUUUGUUUUUUACUCAUUUUUUCAUCAGGCAGCUAUUUCAACAAAUAUUUGUUUAAUUUUAAUACACAAUAUAAUAUUUAACCGUCCUCGUGUAAAAUCUGUUACCCGGUAUUCUUAAAUUAUUCAUUAUGUAUACGUUUAUAUAAAUUAUUGUUUUUAAUCAUUUGCAUUUUAAUCUAUGUAUUCAUUUAUUAAUAAUUUAUUAUAUUUUAAAUAAUUAUUACAUCACACUGUCCAAGUAUACUAUGAAUCAAUGAUGUUUAUGC